AUGUCUGACACGUUCAAUAACUGGUUCCUGGAUAUUGUACCGGAUUCCGGAGAAUGGAUGGAGGGAAUACCACCCCCACCACCACUACUACCAGCAGAAGAGACCUUUGUCGAACUGCAGCCCGAGGAGCCCAAGGAGCAGCCAACUCCAGAGAUGUUAAUUGAGAAGGCCAAUGCCCGCCUAGAGCGGCUAACUAUGGAAGGACGAAAGUCCUAUUUUGGGAAAUUUGUCUCCCAUUUAAAAUACUCGGAAAUCGACUGGUCUAAUUGGGAGAAGAAGAAGAAGCUUGAGGCCGAGGCGCAAAGCGCCAUUGAUCGAAGAAUGGCUGGAGGCAAGACUCCCCCGCCCAGCCCCCAACAUAAUAUCAAACGCAAGUUUGAUUCAGCCUUCCCUACUGAGAAAGAGUAG